AUGGCACCAAAACAAAAAUAUACUGCGGCUGAUGCCCCACCACCCAGAAGCUUUUCUGAAAGAGAAUUGGCAGCUAGAAAGAUAGUUGGGAUAAACACCGAAACCGUCACCGACAUCACAUCCACAGAUUUCCCAGGUCAUUGGCCUAACGAAGAUCAUGCAUGGAAUAAACAAAGAUUCGCCGAGAACCUCCAAGUACAAUUCCACCAAAACGAACCACUCCUCUCUUCAUUCUCCCUCAUUGGCAUCGAUGCCUCAGUCGCCAAUGCCUUCCGUCGAAUUCUCAUUGCUGAAAUCCCUACACUCGCUAUCGAAUACUGUUUCGUCAAAAACAACACCUCUGUAAUCCAAGAUGAAGUUCUCUGCGCUCGUCUCGGUCUCGUACCAUUCAAAGGAGGAAAAGAAGGACUCUUAGAUUUCAUGAAAUGGUUCCAAAAGCCCGAGGAAGAAACCCCCGAAGAAGAACGUCACCUCGGCUCUUUCGAUCAUAAUACUAUUCAAUUGACCCUAAAAGUCGAAUGCACACGCAACAAGGAAGCUGCUCCAGAAGAAACGGAUCCAAGAAAGAAAUACCACAAUGCACAUGUAUAUGCGAAGGAUAUCGAAUUUAAGCCUUUUGGAAGACAACUUGAGUAUUUCAGCGGCGAGAACACUAUCAAGAGUCCUAAUCCAGAUAUCUUGAUCGCGAAGAUGAGACCCGGUCAAGUCAUUGAUAUCGAUAUGCAUGCGAUUAAGGGAAUUGGAAGGGAUCACGCCAAGUUUUCGCCGGUAGCUACAGCUUCAUAUCGAUUAUUGCCAGUGAUUGAUAUUACUCAACCUAUCCUGGGUAAAGAUGCCAAGAAGUUCAAGAGAUGUUUCCCUGACGGCGUUAUUGGAAUCGAGAAGGUUACUGCAAAGGAGGCAAAGGUUAAAGGAAGCGGAUAUGAAGGACACGAGGGCGAGGACAAAGCAGUGGUUGUAGAUGCUAUGAGGGAUACGGUCAGCAGAGAAUGUUUAAGACAUGAGGAGUUCCAAGGCAAGGUCAAAUUGGGAAGAGUCAGAGAUCAUUUCAUUUUCUCGAUCGAGAGUUUGGGACAAUGGGAUAGUGAUGAAUUGUUCCUCGAGUCGAUCAAGACACUGAGAACAAAGUGUGAAGCAUUCAAAACGAGUUUACAAAACAUGACGAAGUAA